AUGAAUGUACUCAUUCUUCAAUAUACGACGACGACGAUGAUGAUCACUAGAACAACAGCAUCUUCAUAUAGAGCUCUCUUUAGAGGUGUAUCUAGCAGUAGCAGUGGUGUAUUUAAUAGUACAAGAUCAAUCACAUAUAAUUACAACAAUAACAAUAACAAUAACAAUAAUAGCAACAAUGAUAGCAACAAAUAUAAAUCAAUCAAUCAAUUAUUUGAAAGUAAUCAAGGUAGAAAUGAAUUUGUUGGUCUAUGUCAACAAGUAGCCAACUAUACAGUGAUGAGACAAAAGGUCGGUCGUACAAUGAAACCAAACAUCUAUAUUCAAUCACCAGGUCAAAUAUUCGAACCAAACCUUCCAGUACCUCUAACAAAGAUACUCGUCACACCAUCAUCAUGGAUCGAUACUAUCAGAUUCUACUAUAGAACCUAUGGAUCUAUCGGUGUUAUCAAAUCUAAAUUAAAGGCAUUGACUCAAGAUCAAUUUGCUGUAAAAUCAUUCGUUGAACAAGCCAAAGAGAUCUUUAUCAAUUUAAACAAAGCUAUUGCAAAUAGUGAUACUGAUGAAGUUAAAGAAUUAGCUACCAUUCAUUAUUAUUCUAUUCUAGCCAAAAAUACACAAUUUGACAAGGUUGAUGGAAAGAAAAAUAAUGUAAAGAGUGAAUGGACAUGUGAAUUGGAUAAGCCAAAGAUGUUAUGGAUUAGAGCUGGUCAAAUCAGAACUACUGCCGCUGGAGGUAUGGAAUAUUUUGGUCAAAUUUGUGUAGAAUUCUCUGGUAAACAAAGUUUAACUAGAACUGAUACUAAAAAGAAUAUAAUUAUUUCUCAAGUAAAGGAUGCUGAAUUCAAGGAUGUUUAUGUCUUUGAACGUUGUCUUAGUAGUUUACCAUCAUCAUGGAGAGUUUGUCAAACUGUUGAUACUCAACAACAAUAA